UUGCCCCACACAUCAGAGCUGUCAAUCAUCUGUCGAGCUGGAUGGUAUUUGCUGGAGUUUGCAAAUAUGCCUCUACGAGCAAGGGAUAAGAACCGUGCUCCGCGCAGGCCCAUGGCAGGGAGCAAAACGAACGACUUCGAAACAAGUUGGGCUGAGUUGUCUACCUCGCUCAAGAAAAUUCACACCAAAGAUGCCUCAGCUUUGUCUUUCGAGGAGAUAUAUCGCAAGUUCUAUAAUCUUGAGGAGCGUUCUACAGCAACAAAAGCAGCCAAACGAACGGAACGAACGCGAAGCAAAAGUGUCAGUUGAAUUGAGCUAUCUAGGAGAGCGAAACAAAGCAACGCGAAGAGGUGCUUUGUGUGGGCGGCCUGAGCGCAGCGCGUGACUAGCCUACAUGAAUGCUCAACAUAUAAUAUUGUCCUGGGAAUGCGUGGAACGGAACUGUGUGAACGGAUUCAACAACUAGAACAUGAAUGGUCAGAUACAGAAGUCUACAAGUUAGUGACUGGGGCUAUUUUGCUUAGUCUGCUGCUGUUGGUGAAGCAGCUGGUAGAUGCGCAAGAUCGUACUAAUAAGAGGCGGGAUGCAGAGGAGAGAUUUUUAGCAGUACUCAAGGAAGCUUGGGAGGAUCAUCAGCUAUGUAUGAAAAUGAUCACGGAUGUUCUCAUGUAUAUGAACCGUGUUAUGUCUAGGGACCACCGAAAGCCAUCUAUUUAUGUGGCAUCAAUCGCCAAAAGGUCGGAUGGACUAGUUGGCACUUGCUCGGGCAGUUCAGCGCGGAACGUCUUCACCAAGAGGCUACAAGAGCAAAUCAUAAGGACUGACUUCAGACAUAUACGAACAGUCCCCCAGCUUCUGGUCCUAUCCUCGGUCCAAAGCAUCAUCAACAAGGAUCUGCUGAUACAUUCAUCCCCUGAAACAUGCAUCGAACUCGAUCCUGAUCCUGACCUCGACCCAAGCCAAGAACACGUAGGCCUCAGGGCCAUGGGGAUAGGCGCCGAAGACGCUGGGUAGAAGGAACUAAACACGCCCUGUUUGAGUCAGCAGGGAAGGUCAUACAAGCAGAAGGAAUAGGCAUGUUGGGAGCAAGAUAAUGGACGAAGGACGAGGAGGAUGGUGACUCGUAGGUAGCUAUAGCUGCAACACUCAUUUACAUCUACAUUUGCUUUUGUUAUUCAGUUGUGUUUAGCUACGGCGACGACCUUCCUACGUCAUGGCAUGCGUUGUUCGCGUUGCUUACAUGUUUCUACGUGUGUUUAUGUGUGUUUACUGCGAGUUAGAG